ACCGCCGACUCAGCUUUACUCAAUUACAGUCAUGGUUGCCGUCUUCCCCAUCCAGCUCCGUUACGCCUCUCGCUGCACUUGCUCUGCGACGCCAUAGCUGAAAAGUCUCCGGAAACUCUAAAGCUACUUAGACUGGUUGCUGCUGACCGCUGAUCGCGCUCGACACUUGACUACGCCCGAGCAUCUCGACUCGAGGUUCUGCAGGUCUGCCUACCUUCUAUCCCGCUCGAGGCAUCAUGAAGAAGAAGGUUCUCCUCAUGGGCGCGUCGGGGAGCGGGAAGACGUCGAUGCGGUCGUUGAUCUUCUCGAACAACCCCGCGUCGCUCACCGCCCGCCUCGGCGCGACGAUCGACGUCGAGCAAAACCACGUCCGCUUCCUUGGCGACCUCAUCCUCAACCUCUGGGACUGCGGCGGGCAGGACGCCUUCAUGGACACCUACCUCGCGCUGCAGGCGUCCACCAUCUUCCAGCACGUCGGCGUCCUCAUCUACGUCUUCGAGGUCGAGUCGCGCAACAUGCAGAAGGACCUCCAGUACUACCGCGACUGCCUCGCCGCGCUCCAGAGGUACUCCCCCGACGCGGCCGUCUUCCUCCUCGUGCAUAAGAUGGAUCUGGCAAGGGGCUCGAGGGCGCAGACCCUCGAGAGGAGGACGGCGGAGCUCCAGCAGGCGAGCGGGGACGUGCCGGUGACCGUGUUCGGAACGAGCAUAUACGACGAGAGCCUCUACAAGGCAUGGUCCCGGAUAGUCCACACCCUCAUCCCCAACGCCGCCGUCCUCUCCAAGCACCUCACCACGCUCGCGCACGCCUGCAGCGCAACCGAAGUCAUCCUCUUCGAGCGCACCACCUUCCUCGUCAUCGCAACGUCCUCUCCUCCGCCCGCACCUCACGCACCGCCCAUGGGCUCCCCCGCGCUCUCCACCCCGUCCUCUUCGCACACCACGACAAACGGCCUGCGCACGCCGACGUUCUCGCAGGGCUCCCUCCCCGCGCGGGAGCCCGACCCCGACGCGGGCGCGGACCCGCACCGGCUCUCGCCGACGCGCUACGAGCGCACUUCCGAGCUGAUCAAGGCGUUCAAGCACGCGUGCUCGCGCGUGCGCGAGGAGUUCCACUCGUUGGAGAUGGAGCUCGACGAGUUCACGGCGGUGCUGGAUGAGCUGACGAAGAACACGUACGUGCUGAUCGUGGUGCAUGACCCGACAAUAGAGACUGCGGCCCUGAGGAUGAACAUCCGGCUCGCCCGGAGUAAGUUCGAAGAGUUGCAGGGCGAUAGUCUUAUCUCGUAGACGGACUGGUGCUUCUGGAUCUGUGUCUGUGGCCGACCCCGCCAUAUACCAUACGCUCUCGCUUUGCUAAUACAUCGUGCAUGACUGCACACCUCACCGGUUAUCCCAUACAGCAAUUCAGCUGUAUUUCGAUAGCACUCCUACUUUCUUGCCGAAGCUUCCUGUAUCCAAGCAGACACAUCUCAAACCUUGACGGUCGGGGACCACCCGAUGCAACUGGC